AUGUGGGUCCACCAAGAGCUCCAAAUGCAGAAAAAAGUUGAAAGUAAUGCGCUGCUACUUGCUUCCACAGUGGACGCGGCGGUAAGUAAUCGUCAAUUGGUGACAAACAGGGACCAUCUCGAUGAAACGAUCGACCCCUACCUAGUACCCGCCGAACACAACACCUAUGGAAGAGCCCUUAUGGAUACCCAGAAGUAUGUGAAUGAACCAAUCUGCCCAUUGUACAUAAAGCCUGUGUGGGAAGAAGCAGUGGUAAGUGUGCUUAGGUUCUGGGUUCGUUGCCAGGCACGUUCAGGUGCACAGGUUGUCCAUUCUCUGGUGACAGUAUGGGAGAAUUUACAGAAAACCACAUUUGUCCAUGUGACUGAAACUUUGAAAUAUCCUGUAACAGUAAUAAAUCGGUCUACUGUCACAAUACCUGCGCCGCCCAUUUACAAGACGGAAACCAUUAUUGUGCCGGAGGAGAAAACGGUAAUGUCUGCGAGGAUUGACACUGUUGCAUACACCAUAACUCAGACAAACCUCGAGGUUAUAACAUAUACACUAACAAAUACAAUCACUACAACGACAUUUGAAGCAGAAUGGAUUACACUAACUGAGUACGAGACCUCUUGGGAAACGGUGAAUGUGCCCGUGACGAGUAUCACCACCAUCUGGACACAAGAGGUGGAGGUUGUGACGCAGCCAGUGUAUGUGACGACGAACCUGUGGGUCGAGGCACCCCAGCUGAGCCUUAUCACUUCCACACACUAUGUGCCACACUACCACACCCAGACAACCACCGUCACCAAUAAAGUCUACGAGACCAUCUGUACUAAACCAGGAUACUACUGAUAGAAACUAGAAAAUCGGUACAUUGUAAAUAUUGUAUAUGUAAACAUCGAUUUUAUUCAACUGAUUUUUAGAUGUAAAGAAAAUAUUUUAACGUUUUACUUUGUAUGUAUAAAUAAAAUAAAUAAAUAAAAACUUUGGAAAG